UGUCCCAAACGAAGUCAUAAUUUUUAGUUGGGAUGUACUUAAAAAUUAAUAGAUUUAUUUUAAGACGAAUAUAAGAUGAAUUUUUCGUAUAUAAUAUUAAUCUCAAAGUAAAUCAAAUGAUUUCAAGGCUCAUUCUGACCAAAAUGGAAUCAGAAAAUCCUGACAUUAUUAUUAUUUUUUUACUUUUAAAAUCAUUUCGGAUUAGCUUAUAUAACACACAAUGUGGUUAUUAGGAGGAAGUUGUCUGAGAGUCCAGUUAUUUUUAAACUGAAGCGAGCUUCAGAAAGUUCAGCUUCCUACGCACCUAGAGCUGUUUGAUCAAGCCUGAAAAGACCAGAGGAGAAAAAAAGAAGAAAUAUCUGGUGAUGGGCUUGGGAGGUGUUCUUGUGAGGAAAGUGUUCUUCAAGAAUCGAAAUUCUGAUGGACAUCCCGAUGUCCAUGAGAGGCAUUUUGGAGCUGAUAAGAGCAAGUGGAGUUCAGUGAAACACUACUUUUGUGGAGAUGAAUUCAAUUCAAUUAUUGCAGAAGAUGACUUUUCUUCUCUUAGAAGUACUGAAGCAGCUGUGAUGCAGUCAGUAGAGAAAGUUUCAAGAGAUGAAGAAGUCUCCAGACGGAUAAAUCAGAUCAACAAAGAAGAAGAGAAACUGGAACUGGAACUCAACUUAUCAAGCCAAGAGAAAGCUGCAAUAGUCAUUCAGUCAGCAUUCAGAGGCUUCAGGGUUGCUAACGAAAGAAAGCAGUAUAAAGAGCUAAAACUCUUAGCUAAGGAAGAUGAUGGAGGAGAGCAAAGUGAAGCUACUGAAGCUUUAUCUACCAUAGUUCAGGUGGGUGAUUUUCCUGAAGCAUUAGAAGCUCAAGAGGCAAUUGUUUCUGUUCCACAGCGCGAAUUGCGCAAAGCUAGAAGUCAAAUGUACAGAAUUAAGGAAGAAUGGGAUGACAGUACCUUAAGCAGCAAUGUGUUGAAGCUUAGAAUUCAGAACAGACUCGAAGCCAUGACCCGCCGCGAGAGAGCUCUUGCCUAUGCAUUCUCUCAGCAGCUAAGAGCAUGUUCUAAGAAGAAAUCAUCAAAAUCUGACUCAAAUGAUCCUGGCAUGGGAUGGAGCUGGCUUGAGAGAUGGAUGGCAACAAGGCCACCAGAAAACUCUAUAGUGGAUAAUUUCCUGAGCAGGCAUUUUGAUCCUAUUUACAAUUAUAAAAGGCAAAUAGUUAUUAAGAAGAGGUUUGAUGUUGCUUUUGAAGAGAAGGAAAGUUGCGCUUCUAAUGAUGUAGCAAUUAGCUUCCAUGGCUCUGUUGAAGCAUCUCAAGUUUCAAGCACUGGUUAUAGUCCUGUUAAGAACAUGUUGAAGGCUACAAAAAGUGUUUCAAAGAGGAAGAUAUUGUCAGAUUAUCAUCAAAAGAAAAAAGUGAUCAAGGUAGGAGUGUAAAAUGCACAAUUCAUGUUUGCAAUUCAGUCAAUAUUCACUUUCAAUUUAUUCUUUAUAUAAACAAGUCGAGCUGGAACGAGAUUUUUUAGCUCAUUCAUUAACUGAUUUGAAGAAAAACAAAAUUCAGCUCUUCUACAUUCGGCUCAGUAAGAGCUUGAUAUACAGAAAUUUCUAUUUUACUAAUUAAGCACCAAAAAAUGUAUUCUCAGAAUCAUGUGUAGCAUAUGUUUUAUGUUCUAUGAUGUUUUUUAGAUAUUAUAUUUUAAAUAGCACAAAAAAAGCUGUACAAAUGAAGCUAUUUUGGCUUGAAAUUGAAUGAGCAAAACACAAAAGCUUGUUGAAGAAUUUUAGCUCAUUCAUAUUUAACUCAGUAAGUUAACAAACCGAGCUGAACAAGACUUCAACCUGUACAUUUUAGAAAAAAAUGUCUAACAUAGAAUGUUACUUGUCUAUUUUUUUAGGCAAGCAAGAGGGAAUCUUCCAAGCAAAUAGAGGAGAAAAAAUGCAAGCAAGUCCAGCCAAAGAGCAUAGGAGAGAUCAAAUUCAAAGAUGCUUCCUAGAACCACCAAUAUUGUUUGAUUUCUGUGUAUAAUACAGCACAUAACUAUAAUUUCUGAUGGUUGAUUUUAUGUUGGGUAUUAUGUGAUAUUUGAUGAUUAAAAUAUAUUUGAGGACUUAACAUAGUUGGAUAAUUACCUUUGAUAACAUUAAGGUUUUGUUUGAGACAGCUUUCUUUUUGCUUUUUAAAUCAAUUUUUUAGUACAAAUUUUUUGAACUAGAAAUUUUUGUACUAUAAAGUUGUUUUAGAAAGCAGUAAGAAAGUGAUCCCCA